AUGCUGCCGGAGAGUGACGACUUCACAAAUAACGCGUGGGAUCCACAGAGCUGGAUGCAUGACCUGCGCUCGUUUAUUGGCGAAAUGGCCAUAACACAGGUGUGUCUUGUGGGUUCUCACAACGCGGCAUCGUACGGCACUCGCAAGGAUUCACCAUUUGGUGCGGACGCGCCGGGGUUUCUUCUUGGUGACUCGGUGUUUGCUUCUCUGUCACGCUUACUUUUUCGUGGGAUCUGUGCAUCUUGGUCAAGGUGUCAAUGGAUGUCUGUACGCGCGCAGCUGGACUACGGUGUGCGCUAUCUGGACCUGCGCGUUGCGACAAACCCAGAGGACGCCAGCCGACUGUACAUAUCACACACCCAAAUCUCUGUGCCUCUGGCUGAUGUGCUUGAAGAUGUGAAGGCGUUUCUCAAUGACCCCCUUUCUGCGAAUGAAUUUAUUGUGCUUGAUUUUCAACACCUAUAUCUCACGGAUGACAGUGACGGGAAGGGUAAGUUCUUCAAGGAGUUGGAACGCCUUUCAGAUCGCUUUAUACCCGUCGAUGUGCCGCUCACAACGCCGUUGGAAAUGUUGUGGAGGGUCUCGCGCAGGCGCCGCAUCUUUCUUGUGGUGAGCAGUGGAGAGGAUGAGUUGCCAUACCCCGCGGUGCGGAUUCGCUCUAAAUGUAUGGUAUCUCGAUGGGUAGAUCAGGGUUCGUUGAGGAAGCUGCUGCAGGCCCUCAAUAAUUUGCUACUGGACGAUCUAAAGUAUCCCCAGACUGGCGUGCCUUCAAAACUGCACGUUACACAGGCUGUCUAUACGCCACGAAAGAGUAACAUUUUUCGUGGUAUUUUCCCAAAAGUAUCAAGGAAGGUUGUCUCGAGUAUUUAUGCCGUGGCAACACGUGUGAACCCGUCCUUGCUUGAGUGGUUUUAUCUGCUGAAUGCACAUGGGCUCUUGGAUGGUGCCAAGGUGAUGAUUCCAUCAGGGAUAAACACACACGGAAACAUACUUAUGCUGGACUGCGUGGAACUGGGCCGCUGUCAGAUAAUGGACGGCACGACGGAGACAAAUGCCGUUGGCAUGUGUGUAUACCUUAACUUCCUACGCGCUUCGCGUCUAUGUGAAGAUUCCUCGGCAGCGCCGUUUUUGAAAGAGGGUUAG